CACCCUGCUAACUUUUUCCUCCCCCACUCUUUCCGGAAGCCAUGUCGUACCCUACUCUUAAGGCCGUUGUGCAGAACUGCAAGCUUCUUUCGGGCUUCGUUAAGCCUGCCGCCAACAUGUACGCUGGUGCCGCUGCUUACAGACAGAUCGGUCUCCGUUAUGAUGAUUUGCUCGCCGAGGAAAGUGAAGUGGUCCAGGAAGCCCUUCGCCGUCUCGAAAUUGCCAACCCCAAGGAGGCUUAUGACCGUGCCUACCGUCUUCGCGUUGCUCAACAGUGUUCGUUGAGCCACCAAUUGUUGCCCCAGGCUCAAUGGGUCACCCCCAAAGAAGAUGUCAGAUAUCUUCAGCCAUAUAUCGACGAAGUUGCUGCUGAGCGUGCUGAGCGCGAGGCUUUCGAUAACAUCAAGGUUGCCGCUCGUCACUAAACCUCUUUCUUUAGCAUUCCAUGUCUCUUUAUAUUAUAUUUUGAAAUACAAAUUUUACCACGGUUCAAGCUCGUGAAUUUUAGAACUACACUGGAUGUUCGUUUUGGCUGGUCGGUCGGGUAUACGCAUGGGGAGAUAAAAACGAUGCAGUGCU